AUGUUCUUGAGCGGCAGUAAGGAGAAUGUUUCUCCAGCAAAUGGAGUGCCUGCUGUACCGGCGAUACCGCGUGUGCCAUCCCUGCCGAAGUCUUUUUCAACGGACAAGCUGCCGACAUAUAGAUCGAAUACGCCACAACCGGGACGUGCUGCACCUAUGCCUAGAAUGCUGUCUGCAGACCGUAUCCCGACUACUGGUCUGACGAUACCCAUCAGAAAGCGAGACGAGCUCUGGAGUGUCUUUCGCGCUCUCGAUGGAGACUACACGAAAUUUGCCUCGAAAUCGGUUGCCUUCAAGGCUAACGUAGUACGCACCACCCUCCUACCAUUCCUACGAACCUACACUACGCAUCCUUCGAACAAGACGCUACGACCGGAAGACCUUGAUAGACGGGCGAACAUUCUCAAUAAGUGGUGGACGGGUUUGAUCGAAAUGCUGCAUGGGCGCAAUAAUCAGUCAAUCUCCGGUACAGAUCGGCCAGUGAUCCUAGAUGGCAUCUCGGGUAUCAUGGAGCGACCAGAGUGGAGGUUGGCUCCUUCGCCGUUUAGUCCUAUCAGUCAACGGAUGAAGGGUACAGCAAGUCCUCGAAGCCGGUCCACGACCUCUCUAAGCUCAGCAACCUCGGAAUUCUUAACGGAGUCUGUGCAUCAAAACGUGCGCAACAUCUUCGUCCAGAAUCUGAGCGCGCAAAUGGCCUUUGUGGUAGACAAAAUGUCGCUGCGCAACGCGUCGGCUAGCCUGGUCAUCUUCUGUGGCAAGGCCUGCGCAUACGCCUUCAUGUUUGUGCCGGGUAUGGCGGACGUGCUCACCCGUCUCUGGGAUUUGCAGAUGGACACGCUCCGGCGAGUACUGGACGGUAACGGCAUAGGCAAGUUUGAUGAUGUGGCGUCAACAACGGAGCUUAUAGCGUCCAAUUUUCCGCCUGCAUUGCACCAACUCGGAUUUCAUUCUUUGAUGAAGUACAUGCGCAAGCUGCGGACACCGCCACCUUUACCUCUUGGGACCGCAAACAUCGAGUGGUGGGGCCAAUGGCUGGAACGCUGGAGUGGCCGCGAAAGUGACCUCUUCUACGUCUUCGUGAAGCAUUUUCAUAUCCUGGCAACUGACUUCCUACCCUCCGAGGCUUCGAAGAAAGAGCGCAUGUGUGCCCCUGGCGUUCUGCUGGUGCACGCCCAAAUACUAAUCAACCUGGAUGCGACUAUCCACAGAGAUGCUACCCAAAGCCAGCAGGACGCAGCUGGUCUGGGCGCACCACCAGCCUUUGACGACGUACUUAGCGGGCCAGAUGCGGUCGCCUCCGCGCUCCCUUUGCCUCCCAUCAACGCAGUACGAAUAAUGGCCGAGAACCGGCUUGUAAUGUUAAUACGCGACUUCUUGUCCGAACGAAGUGCGGAGCACCCAGUGGCGCGCGAGUUCUUUGCAGAGUCCUUCAAUGAUCUGCUCCAUACGACAGCCAAGGGCACCUCACUUUUUGACCAUGCCGCUUGUUACACUUUACUGGACUUUUUAGAGGAGGUGCUGGUCAUCUUGUCACGGUACGAGCACAUCAGUGGGAAGGCCAUCAUCGACUCGGCAUUCUGGCAGUCAGUGUGCAAGAAGAUGAUCAGCAGUCAUAACACCUUGACGGAGAUACGGCUGUAUGCGUUUCUGUACACCGUUUGGAAUACUGUUGUAUGCGAUUUGGGCCGCAAAAAGAACCUCUGUCUGGGCCUCCUGCUGGACCCGGAGAUCUUUGACAGCACCUUCAACCACUGGUGUCCUAUGGUGCGGGCCUACUUCAUGCGCUUGUUGUGCUGGAGGGUGGGGCGUUACGACGGCUAUCCCCAGGAGGUCGAUAUUGUGAUCCUCGAGACGAUGCUACAGCGCCUACAUGCGAACUGGUCCCAUUAUCUUUACCUACGCGAAGACGCAUCCAAAAGGCGCAUGCUGUUGCCACCGACAAAUCCUUGCAAUCCUGCUCCUGGCCGUCGAAUGCUGAUCAUCCGCACCGACUCGCAGAUCGCACCUGGUAACAUGUCGUUCCUGUCAUUCGACGGCAUAGUAUCACCGGCGGCGCCCAGCCAGCCUCAGCUACCUGUAAGGCGAUUCUCCACGCUCUCACACGUCGUCGAGCAGGACAGCAGGGCAGAUGCGCCACGCUCCGCUCCAGAAACGGAUCCUGUGUCCACUAGUGAGAAGAGUAUUGGUGGGUUCAUCCGGAAGAUGCUCGGCGGCUCGAGAGCGCGAUCCAAAUCCCAGGGCCCAGCGCAGACACGCUCGUUUCAGGCCGAGCCCACUGCUCGGAGUGGCCGCAGCUCAAUACAGGCCGAGACUACUGCGAAGCCACCUACUCCCUCUGCUCCCGUCGUGACACAGCACCGCAACUAUCUGUUCAAAUUCAGCCUCGAGUAUCACCACAAUAACAAGCAUGUACCGGGUCCCAUGCGUCUACAUCCGCCGAGACUGCCGGCUCCCGCCCAGACGUUUUUGCAGGAGCAUUCGAAGGUGGCCUAUGCAGCGCUACGCACGGCUCCCACCGAGCCUAACGGCUCGAGCAAGAGCAACGCACGCUACUGCGGCCGCGCAUUGGCAGAGUGGACUUUGAUUGUGGGUGAGUGCCAGAGCUUCUUCGACCGACGGAAGAACGAGGGCGUGCCGGGCAACAAGUUCGUUGAAACGCCGACUUUGGGCGUGGAAGUCUUCAAGAGGCCUUCUUGA